CGCUUCUUGAAUGUUAUGACACGUCAACACCAGCAACCAUGACGACAGAAGGAUCUAAGCUUGCCAGUGAUGGUAUCACGCCCGUGAGAAAUAUUGAAGCCCAGAGUGCUUUUGCAUCCACCCUCAUAGGAGACCCCGAGAAGCUUGACACAUUAAACGAACCCAGUUCGGGAAAAGGAAACCAACACAAAAAUCUCUACGGACUGAAUAUCGACACACCCGAUACCCAUGCCGGGGCAGAUGCCGUAUAUGCAGCCAAGGCGCAGCUUUUGAACCAGGCAUUGCUUGAUCUGGAAAUGGGAUUAUACCAGUGGUUGCUUUUUUUGAUUACCAGCGUGGGCUGGUUCCUUGACAGUUUCUGGUUGAUGUCUUUUCUCGUUAUUGAUCCUUCCGCCGCCAACGAAGCCCAGUUCUUCUAUACUGGGGACAAUUCUUCCUAUCUAUUCGUCAGCCUAAUGGUUGGAUUGACUGUCGGUGCAACAGCAUGGCCUAUGAUGUCUGAUGUCCUUGGCCGCAAAUGGAUCUUUACGAGUACACUGGUUUUGAUGGGAAUGGGUGGACUGGUCGGAGCUGGAAUGCCGUCAUUCACGGGGCUUUGUGUUGUUGGCUUCGUCGUGGGCCUUGCAAUUGCUGGGAACCAGGCCGUAGACGCCAUCAUUCUCUUGGAGUCGCUACCAGCGUCGCAUCAAUUCCUAGUCUCCAUGCAGGGUGCUUCCUGGGGUCUUGGUCAAUUAGUUUCUGCCGCUGUCGGCUGGGCAUUCAUCGCAGAAUACACAUGUGGCACUGGACCCGAUGAAAUUUCCACCGCACAGUCAAUGUCCAGCCAUAAGAUCCGUGCAACCGGCCAUAGCGGCAGCAGCAGCUCUUCCUGCCACUAUGUAUCCAACAAAGGCUGGCGGUACGUGUGGUGGACCUUUGGCUGUAUCACCCUAUUCCUAUAUCUCUGUCGCUUUGCAUUCCCCCUCCGUGAAACGCCGAAAUACCUCCUAUCCAAACGCCGAGACGCCGAAGCCACCCAGCUUGUCAAGGAUAUCGCGAUGUACAACAAACGCCAAACAUGGCUGACUGAAGCCUCAUUUGCUCGAAUCGAUUCGACAGUCGAUGCCAGUGCACCGGAGUCUCGAAAGAAGUCAAGGACACAAUCCCUUUUGUCAUCCCUUGGUCCAUUCGGCCUUUUCCUCCUUACGCUCAUCUGGGCUACUACCGGUUUGACAUUUACACUGCACAGAACGUACAUAAGCAACUAUCUCACUGCACGCGGUAUAGAAGCCAUUUCCGCCACUACCGUCACCACGGGCUACCUUUACAGUCGCUAUCUCUACAUUGCCCUAUGUGCGGUUCCUGGACCUAUCCUCUCUGGAUUCCUCAUAGAAGCCAAGGGAGUUGGAAGGAAACGCACAGGAGCGGCUAUUGCAGUGUUGACUGGUUUAUUCAUGUUCCUAUCAACGCUUUCACGAUCUCAUAAUGCCGUUCUUGCCUUUGAAUGCGUCCUAUCGUUCCUUCAGUAUGCUGGCCUUGCAGUUAUCACCACAUACACCGUGGAGGUAUUCGCUGCACCAACUCGUGGCUUUGGGUUGGGGAUUUUGGGAUUCUUCUGGGGGCUAUUUGGACUUAUAGCCACCAUCAUCACAACAUUCGAUGCGUCGGGUGGAUCUAAAGGUGGUCCUGUUUGGUUCUGCGGUGCUAUCUGGGUAGUAAUGGGGGGAAUCUGGCUGGCACUACCAGUCGAGACACGGGGAAAAGCUGCCUCAUAGAAACACCGUCAAGCGUAGCUCAACUGCAUGGUGAUAUUCUAUUGCUGUAUCCUGAGUGUUCUCGGGUCAUCCUAUUGUAGCAGACCAAUGCCAGAGGGAGUCUGGUGGCUCUGCAUGCUACAUAGACUUAAAAUCGAGAAUUGAGAAAUCCAGGACCUGCACUAUUCAAUAUCAAUGAUAACAACAUAAAACCCUC